AUGGAGUUCGAUGAAGAGUCACAUGUUGAUAACGAGGAAGAUAAUAUUGAUCAGCAGAGAAAACGUUCAUCAAUACCUGAUGUAACCCGACGAACGCCCUCGAUAAUAACUCGAAUUACACCAGCAAAUCCUGUUGCAACUCGUAACGAACAUCUUCUUGUAACGGACAUAACUCCAUGUCGAAAUUUCUCUCUGUUCUUCGGUCUCACACUUCGAUCUAUAGGAGUUAUAUUUGGUGAUAUCGGUACGUCUCCCUUGUACGUUGUCAAUACAAUUUUCGAUUAUGAACCAGAUCCGUCUCAAUGUAUUGGUGCAAUAAGUUUAAUCAUUUGGAAUUUAAUUAUAGUUGUAUCGAUAAAAUAUGCAAUUCUAAUCUUAAUGGCUGAUAAUCAUGGUGAAGGUGGAACAUUCGCUUUGUGCGGGUUGUUAACUGACGAAAGAAUCAAGCUAAGCCGAAGAGUCAAACUUACGAUUCUGAUUGUGUCAUUAGUAGCUGCUGCGAUGUUACUCGGUGAUGGAGCGUUGACACCAGCUGUAUCUGUUUUAUCGGCAAUUGAAGGUUUACUUAUUGAUGUACCUAGCAUAGAAAGCUGGAUUGUUCCGAUUGGUGUCAUUAUUAUCGUGUUACUUUUUCUCGCGCAACGAUGGGGAACAUCGAGAAUCGGAACUGCUUUUGGUCCGAUCAUGUUUCUCUGGUUUCUGUGUUUGUUUAUUAUUGGUAUCUGGAGGACUACGAUGAGACCUGAAAUUUUGAAAGCAUUUAAUCCAUGGGAAGCGUUCCAUUAUUUAUUGAAAGAGAAAAAACGUGGAUUUUAUCAAAUCGGCGGCGUAUUCCUAUCCGCAACUGGCCUUGAAGCACUGUACGCUGACUUAGGCCAUUUCGGACGAUGGCCAGUUCGUUGUGCUUGGUUUUUCGUUGUAUUCCCAGCUGUUCUUUUCAACUAUUUAGGACAAGGUGCAUUGUUAAUCUCGAAUCCAUCUUUAAUUGAUAAUCCAUUCUACCAUUCCAUACCUGAAUGGUCCCAUUGGCCAAUGAUUGUCUUAGCAACACUAGCAACGAUAAUCGCGUCCCAGGCAGUCAUCACUGGAAGUUUUUCGUUAAUAAGUCAAGCGAUUGGUAUGGAAUGCUGUGUACCAUUUAAAAUCUAUCAUACAUCGAAGACGAUUAUCGGACAAAUCUACAUUCCGAUGAUUAACUACAUUUUAAUGAUUCUGACAAUAAUUAUUAUCGUUGGCUUUCAAAAAAGUUCUAGAAUAACUAAUGCUUACGGUGUAACGGUUUGUAGUGUUAUGGUCAUCACAACAAUUUUAUACAUGUGCGUUUUGUACUUUACGUGGCAUAAACCAUGGUACGUAGUUCUUCCGUUUGGUUUAUUCAUCAUUAUUGAUAUGUAUACAUUGGCAUCCAAUGUAAUCAAGAUUCCAAAUGGUGGUUGGGUUGCAAUUGUUAUUUCGUUUGGUUUUUUCAUUUUUGGGUUCUGUUGGUUUUUCGGUCAGAGGAAUUUACGACGAUAUCUCAAAGUUCACGCUCGAACAACAAGCCUUCAUACCUUAGCAUUGAGACUUGGAAUAUUACGCUCAAACUCACGACAUAACUCACACAGUUCUCUUCCAGAUCUGCCGACUAUAGGUACAGCACAUCGAAUAUCUUUCGUAGAUCAUGAUUCCAAUUCUGAAUCUGAUAACGAUGAAUGGGAUUCAUAUAAAAGACCCAUACAUCAUGUACAUAGUAGCGUACGUUUGAUCGAAAAUAUUCCGAUUGGUUCAUUAUCGAAUAUGCCGUCUGUUAUGAACGAAGAGAACACCAUAUCCGCUGUCAUCACACCAACUGUCGGCUGUUUUCUAACACGUUCCUCUAAACAUACACCGCAUGUAUUUGAAAACUUUCUCAAUCGUACGUGCUCCGUUCCUCAAGUUACUAUUUUUCUUCGUAUUCGACAUACAAAAACAUCAACCGUCGAUGUUAAUCAACGCUUAAUCGUGAAACAAUAUGGAGAAAAUAUCUUUCACAUUACUGCAUUAUACGGUUAUUCAGAAAAUCGAAUACAGCCAUUUCAAGUUUUAUUACUCGCACACAAUCAGUACAAUGUACCUGUGCCUACCAAUGAGUCUAAGGUAACUAUAUACACACCGAAUGAAACAAUCAAAGUGAGAACAACGGGAUGGCAAAAAUGGAUUCGUCGCUGGCCAUUGUAUCUCUAUGCUAUAUUAAAGAGAUUCUAUCCAGGUUCAGCUGUGAACAUCAAAUUAGAAUCGGAAAAUACAAUCAGUAUUGGCAUCUUAGCUGAAUUGAAAUAG